AUGUCCUCUGCAGGCACGACAAAGAAAGUUCCGUCUGUUAUUCGCACGGUGGUGCCAGGAAAUCGAACACUCGAUCAAAUUUACGAAGACGAAGCUCGCGAAAUUGUCGACGAAGCGAUCGAAAAUGCUCGACGUCGUAUGGCUGACUAUGCUGGCGAGGAUGGAAGGGAAGGAGAAGCUCCUGCUCAGCAGGAUCAGCCAAUAAUAGAUCCUGAGACAGGUUAUGAGAUACCGAACAUCAAAUGGAUGACGGCAGAUAACUUCACAGUUGCAGGGGGAUUAGAAAAAAUUGAGGAAUUCAUCAAGGUAAUAUCGCAAAGAAAGUAGCGGUUAUUCAUCGCACAAUCGUUUCUCUCACAGUGCGGAUCGCAACGUUUCGAACGCAUACUGAUUGUGUUCUAUAGAAGAUUUUCGCAUGAAGAACACGAGCAGUAUGCGGUCGAAACGUUGCGAUCCACAUCGAUCGCAAGUAACGUCGACUACGACGCGAUACAAACAAUUAAACUUGUUCCAAGUAUAUGUAAUCUAUAUGAAGAUCUUAAGGUGUAUCAGCUUCGAAAAAGAGCCUUAAGGAAAACCUUGCUGUUAUGUGUUUCCGAAGCAUCACAUUUCUUUUGCAAAUAUCGUUGGGUAAGUCUGGCAGAAAAAAAUUGCUGGCAUAAUUAAUUUAUAAAAAUUACUUAAUGAAAAUCAGCCGGCAAUCAAUAAGUCACAGGAUGUUAGUUUAUGUUUUAUCUAGGCCUUGAAAUAUCACAUUAAAAGAUGUAAUUUCGCUUUUUUGUUGGCUAAAAUCAAGGAUAAUUGAGAAAAACCAGUCAUGGAAAAGGUCACAAAAUAUUCCUACACCAGAAUUUUGUCCUCACUUUUCAGUUGCAAUGGAAUAAAUGUUAUUGUUCAAUACCAGUUCACACUGAUCAAAUUAAUUGUUUUGAAUAUGGAUGACAGCCAGACAAUAGGAAGUUUUAAUAUUUAUUUUAUUGGUAACAAAUUGCUUUACUAUGUCAUAAAGACAAUAACAAGGACUAUGAACACUCUGGUAAAUGUAAGAACUCUCUUGCAGACAUGGGAACGUGAUGGUAGCUGGUUAUACUGUAUUGACUUUUUAAGAGAGGAAGAGCACCCUUACAGCUGGCGAUAUAGGUAUGCCGUCAAGUGGAGUAUACCAACCAGGAGAAGACCAAUUCCUAGGGCAACUGCUUCUGUUUAUAUAACCAUUGAAGUUAGCAAAUUUAAGCCAAAGGUAAAACAAUUGCAAAUAAUAUCUAAAGAGCAUUUUUAGAAAGGGUUGGGUAAACUCAAAAUGAAAGUAGACAAAAGGAACCAAUCAGAAACAAAUCAGUUGAAUGUAUCUUUGCCCUCACAAAGAUCUUGUGUUUCGUUGUUUAAUAAGACACUUAUCUCCUACAGUGUAUCUCUUCACUACCAGGUACAAAUGGGUCCUAGCAAACUUUCUGAAAACCUGACAAAAUUGCAAGCAGGGGGGUUGGGGGGAAUGUGGUGUUUACACGCAGUUGAAUGACAGGAAGAGUAGAAAUUUGUGGUUCCCUCAUGCAAGAUAAAUUCUGGUAGCAAUGUCAACCAACUACCAGAUUUGAAUUUACCUGAAGCUGCAAAUUAUUACUAAAUUUUACCCUUUUACCCCCUAGGAGUGACCAGCAUUUAGUUUCUCCUAACAAUAUCUCCCCUGAAUCAAACAUUAAGGUCACAAGAGUAAAGGAGAUGAUCACCUACUAAAGAAGCUCUUUAUUGUUGAACAAAUUUUCCUUUUCAGCACCUUAGGAAAUGUAUAGAGAACAGUAUGGAUAAUUUAAAUGCUGAUUUUAUGUGUCAAUGGUUAGACAAGCUGUUCUGUUCUUUUAAUGUAGUGACAUCUCUCCAAGAGAAAAUUCAUUCAUCCAGAAAAACUAAAUCGUUUGUUUAUCUUUCCUUUUUAGACAUUCCCAGUGGAAGUGUAUUAUAUUUUUGAGACACAUCAUCUUGUCCAUAGGUAUGUUAUCAUCACUGGUGAUCCAAGCUCCAACUAUGAGAUGAUCAUCUUGUGAAAUAAGAGUUAUGGUGAAAUUAUAAGAGUUUGUAUAGGAACAUUAACAACUGCUUUUAGGAAUAAAAAAUACAGUCAAAUACUCACAAAAAAUACCUCACCUGGCUUCCACAAGGCAUGGCUUGUUAUCUGACCACUUACUAUGUUGUAAAGAACCCAUUUCAAUGGGUUAUCCAUUUCUAGAUUUAGUACAGGCAUCUCUUACAUACAUAGUAAACCUAGAAAUGGAUAAAUCACCAAAAUGGGUUCUUUUCAACAUAGUAAGCAGUCAGAUAACAUGGGAUGCAGUGUGGAAGUAAGGUGAGGUACUUUUAGUGAGAAUUUGACUCUUUUUUAAUUCCCAAAAGUGGUCAUAAAUAUUCCCAUACAAACUCUUAUAAUUUCACUAUGAGUUUUUUUUUGCAAGAUGAUCAACUCACAACUGGAGCUUGGGCUGCCUGUGGUUAUCAUCUGCUGUUAAAGCCUGUGCUCUUGGUAAAAUUAGCCAACAGCCAAAUAAGCCAUCACUAAGUCUCUUAUUGAAGGAAAAAAACAUGAUCUCAGUUUAACUCCAUCUUAUUAUCUGGCAAGGUAGUCGAGAGGUAAAUCCAAGCAUUUUUACUGGUUCUUACCUGGUGGUUAUUUUGCCAUAGUUUUUGUACAGACCUUGCUGUUGUCAGCCAGUACUGCUAAGACCUGCCAGAGCAGUGCUUUCCUCAUGAAUUAAUUUUUUUCUUCAAGAUAUAUGACUGGUACUGCUCCCUUUAUUUCUCAUAGGCCUGGUAGAACAAGGUUUCGAGAGAAGUGGUUGAAAGAUAUUAUCGAAAGCAAGAUUCAACUGAUGGGUGCAGUAGAAUUCUGAUCCUUUAUGGGGUUAUUUCCCAGGCAGUUAGAAAUGUGAAAAUGACACCUUUCAGAAAUAAUGAAUUGCUUGAGAAGAAGAGGCCUAAAUUUGAAGCUGGCAUAAAAAAUCCUUAUUGGCAGGCUUUACUCUUCUUACGAAACGGAGAAAUCAAUAGUUUUGUCGAACACAUUUCAGGCAUUAUUAAUUAUUUGUUUUUAGUGUAAUAACAGUAUUGACCCUUGAUGUUAUUUAAAUAUAGCAGUUAAUACUUUAAGUACACUCAGUCAUGUCAAAACCAAUCUGUAAAUACUGUUUAAUACAAAAUUUUUCUCAAUAUGAACUUGUAAUCACACGGUGAAUCUUCUUUUGCGCUAAAAUCGCGAUAAUCCCCUAAACAUCAAUAAUGAUUUGUAAUGCAGAUUUUGCAAAUUGCUUCCAUGAGGUUGUUUAUUUUUCAUAGGAAUUCACAACUGAAUUAAUUUCUGCUGGGGUAUGGCACAUAUUCAACAAACAAUUAGUAAAAAGAGUUAGUAGACUUUCACUUGUGUAUAUAGGGCUAUAAAGAAACAAACGAACAAACAGACGUAAACGCUGAAAUCGAUUGUAUCAGUGUUUAUCACCUGUAUAAAAUUCCAGGUCAUUACUGUACAGAUGUAUUGAGAUUUAAUUGUAAGUCUGUUGUAAAUUUGAAAGGAACUUAUGAAGAAAAAAACACCUUUUGUACAAUUUUGUGAGAAUUUAUUAGGCCCUGUCUACUGGUAGGCGUUUACAUCCGUAAACGUUGGUUUUUUUCGUGUGUGUGAUCAGACAUCCGUCCACACUUAAAAGACGUUAACGAUCUCUUUAAACUGAUAUUUUCAAAAACGCCCCCCACCAAAGUGCAUAUUUUUGUUAUUACACAACAAUGUGCGUUUAUCUUGUAUUCUCGUGUGAACGACGCAACUUGUGAACGCUUACGUUUAAGGUCGUAACUCCUAAAACUGACCGGCUUGAAAUUUCUAUUAUCCAUAUCACCUGUGGGUUGGUAUUAGUAUUUAUUUUUUUCUCAGUUCGUGAGCGGGCGGUAUUCUACAAAUCUUGCCAUCUGAUUGGUUCCGAG